CCAGCGGCUCAACUGAAACUCUGCCCAGAAACCUCUUAGUAUGCCAGUGAGCCAGACACAGCCCAGACCACCACAGCCAAACACACAGGGUGGAAGAGAAGGAGAGUGAGUGAGAGACACAGAGUUCUAGGCAAGUGAUGAGAGCACAGUGACUACUUGUCAUUUUAUCUCUCAUUUGGUUAUGUCAGCAGAGCUUAAUCUACUAGACAGAAGCUUGACUGAGUUGAUGGAUAUGGGUGCCAUUUUUCUUCAGUAAAACAACCCUGAGAAGUUUGGAGAAACUCCUGAGAAAAAAGAGAAGCCGGAUCUUUAUCACACUUUUGAAUAGACCGUUCAGAUAGGGGCAGAGUUUCAGCCCUGGUCUAAUCUUGUGCGUUGUGAUUCUCAUAGUGAGAUUAUUCUUCACCAUGACAGGCAGACUGCAUCUCCUGAUUCUGGCUCUUCACCUUGCCCCGCUGAUGGAACAUGUAUCAGGCUGUCACCCAGGAUUCUCGAAAAAUGGGAAAGCUUGCAUCGAUGAGGAUGAGUGUAAUCCUCCUAGUGAUUACUAUGACGAUGACCCUGUAACACCACAAAUCUGUGGUGAGAAUGCAGCAUGCAUCAACACUGAAGGAAGCUUCUACUGUCAAUGUGCUCUUGGGUUCAGAUCAUCAUCACAGCGGAUGAACUUCACAGCUGCCUCACCUGAAAAAUGUAAAGACAUCAACGAGUGUUUGGAGAAUAAGGACACCUGUGGUCCCAAUGCCGAGUGUCACAAUGUGUUAGGGUCCUACUCCUGCAUCUGCAAUGAGGGGUUUGUCUCCAGUACUGGAGUGGAAAGACUUAUAUCUGGCCAAGGAGUCACGUGUGAAGAUAGAAACGAGUGUGUGGACGACAUCACAAUUUGCGGGAAGCAUACACAGUGCGUCAACACACCAGGCAGCUACUCCUGUGUCUGCAAUCCAGGGUUUGGCCUGAAGUCUGGCAAAGCUCAAUUCACAGGGAAUGGAGAAUCAUGUGAGGAAAUAACAGAUCAGAAAGCCACCACAGACCACACAGCAACCACAGACAGUGAGGAUGCUCAAGGUGCUAAAGACUUGUGUAAAAUAAAUAUGUUUAUCUGUGGAGGGAAUGGAACGUGCCAUAAUGCCACCAACAGUGGCCAUCGGUGUGCGUGCCAUGCAGGAUUCACCAACUACGGAGACCCACAGGGGAGAUGUACUGGGUGCGACUACUUCCCGGAGGAGAACAGGAGACAAGACGACUGGAUACGGGACCCCCUUCGAGUGGAGAUGGGAAGCGUCACAUUGCCAAGCAACAAAGAGGAUCUGAUGGUGGAGCUGUCAUUUGAUCACGGACUGAGCAUGCACUUCCCGGAAAUGACACCGCCAAAGUUCUGGUGCAGCGUAAUGGGAUAGUAUCCUGUUCUCGCCUGUCAUGAAAUCAGAAUCAUGCUACCGUUCAGCACUACCUAUCUGUGUGAAAGUGGCUUCUCUGCUAUGGCCGUGCUGAAAACUAAAGUUAUGAUUCACUAUUUUAAUUAUUAUUGUUAAUUAAUCCUGACAUGCAUAUGACAUUUUGGCCACCCGGACUAUUUACACCUCUGCUCCUCGCUGUUUAUUAUUAUCUAUGCAUAGUCACAUUACAAAUGAUCCCGACCUGUAACCUGUACCCCCGCACAUUGACUUGGUACCGGUACCCCCUGUAUAUAGCCUUGUUAUUGUUAUGUA